AGAGCCUACUUUGCUACCAUGAAAAAAACGGCUGAUAUAUAUAGUGCUUGAUAUCGUUAAACUCCAGUUUUUUUGUGUUUUGUUGACUCAAACUCAAUGCUGUUCUUUGCAGAGAGAAAAGUGUAAAAGAAACGAUGGUUUAAGAGGGUGAUAUUUUUAACUUGAACUUAUAGGAAGAACCAAAUUCAAAUGCAAUUUUUUUCAAAACCAUUCCGUUAUAUUAAGUUAACGAUGUGCUACCACACCACACUUUUACAAUAACAGCCGUUUUAAUAGCAAUAAUGACCACCACUAGCAUCACAAAAUAGAGCUACAACGAAAGUUUUCUAGCUUCUGAAUGUUUCUUAAAUCGGAAGUUACAGACAGAAAAGAUGGUAAAUCAUCUAAUUACGACCAAGAAUUAUACAUAGAAAAAGGAGAUCCAUCGAAGACAAAGAAUAACAAGUGUUGUUCAAGCUUUGAUAUGUAACAUUUCAUCUCACUGCUCGGUUUAAAAUCAUCGUACCCAUGGCAUCCAACAUUAUUAGAUCAACUUACCUCCUAGGGUUCCUAGUGGCCAUCUCAGGAACAAUGACUCUCGCCUUACCAGCUGACAUACCUGAGUACGAAGAGUUGCCAAAAUCUUGCGAGUCCCUUCAAGGUGACAUCUGCCAGGGUCUCGGCUAUAAGGAAACGAUAUUUCCAAACCUCCUAAACCACGAAUCGCAGGAAGAGGCAAUCACGGAUAUGAAAAAAUACACGCCGCUUAUUGAGGGCCAAUGCUCCGAUGUGCUGCGGGAGUUCCUUUGUGCACUUUACAUGCCAGUCUGUACUAACUACGGAUUCCACCUGCCGCCAUGUCGAGCUCUCUGUCGACAGGUGCGGUCCGGAUGUGAAGAGAUGAUGGAAGCAAUCGGACUUCCUUGGCCGGAUAAGUUCGACUGCACCCGGUUUCCAGAACAUCACGAGCUGAUGUGCGUCAUGUCUCUAAGUAGUGCUGUAGCUCCCCGGACAUCAACGGCAAGGCCUUCUACACUGAUAUGGCGAGGUAACGGAUUUAUGGGACCAUCACUCACCCAGUGUGUCUCCAACGCAGAUUGCAUCUUCGAGAGGUCAGUGUGCCGGGCUGGUGAGUGUGUGUGCGAGUACCCGAGAACCUGGGGACCCUACGGAUGCGAGGAGACGCAGAUUCUAGGAGGACAAUGUAGCACCGAUGAACAGUGUUCAGCCGUUACACCAAAUGCUGUCUGCAGUGAUUCGGUCUGUACUUGUCGGACCCCUAUGAUUAGCUACAUGAAUCUCGCAUGCAUACACGCCAGCGAAGUCGGUUCGCUCUGUUACAACGACGCGCAGUGCCGCGCAGUGAACGUCUACAGCUUCUGCAGGUACCUGGUGUCCCAGGUGGUGGGAACGUGUGCUUGUGAAACGGACCAGUUCAUUAACGUUCGAGGGAGGUGCAGUCCGCGCCUAGGUGGAAGAUGUACGAAGGGGUCCUGUCCACGUCAGCUGGGUGCCGCAUCUUGUCAGCGCGGGAAGGACGCCUCUCUGAAGUGCUUCUGCAGGAAGGAUGCCGUCCGGAGGAGGGGGGUGUGCGUCCCUCAGUAACGUGUAUAGGAUUCAGAAGGAUACUAUCUCCAAUUGGACAGAUUUACUUGCCGGAUUUUUUUUUUUUUUUUUUUUUUUUUUGCGUCACAAUAGCUAGGGUCCUCAAGGGCAUCGACUACUUUCAGAACAUCACUGAACACUGGUGCCCUCAUCCAAAUCAACACAGCGACUCCUUUGUUUUAACAGAGACCAAAUAGUUUCAGUGAAUUUUCAUUGAAAUUGCAGGGCCGGUGCUUGGAAUUGAAGGGCCCAGUUAGAAAAUUAUAGAAAUGACGAUUUUAUUAUGUCUGCUAUAAAAGUGAUUUUUCAAGUGUAAAAUUUAUGUUAAUAUAGAAUGCAUAAUAACGUGAGGAAUAAUACUUAUUCAUUCUUCAUUUCAUGUUUUGCUAUAGGUUUAUUCCGAUUAGAAUACAGAAAAGGCUUCAAACUGUAACUGUGGCGAGGGGAUCCCUUAAGAUGCCGGCCUCAAUUUGAUCAAAUUAGUCAAAUAGGCUUCAAACCGGCCCUGAAUAGCCGUUAAUCAAUCCUUCCUGUGAUGCCACUUUUUUUUUUUUUUUUUUUAGUGUUAGCUUCUUAUUCUCUAUUCUUCUUUGAGAUUGCCUUUUCCUCUUGACGACUUGAAUAAAUAUCGGUCUUGUUUUAUCCUUUUCUUUCUACAGACAUUGAUACGAGUAUAUCGGGCUUUCCCUUUCUUCACAAAGUAUUCAAAUAUCAAUCUUCUUCUGAUCUUCAGCCCUCUCCAAAACUCUCAAAUAUUAAUAGAUUUUAUUAGUUUUAGUUUGUCAUUUCUGCAAAACGCACAAAAAUAUCUGCUUGCUUUCACAGAAACUCUUCACAUCUGUAUAUUCAGAUUUAUGCACAUAUGUAAACUGAUCAGCCUAGCUCACUUUUUAUCAGCAACAUGAAUGUAUAGACAGAAAACUUUUUGUAUCUUUAUUUGAUCUGGCCUGAAUCUUUUGCAAUUUAAAGAUGUCUUCAACUUGAACCAAAAGCAGUGUUAAUCAAUAUGGAGACUGGAUUUAGGAAGAUGAGACAGGAGAACUAGAAAAACUAAAUAUGGGAGAACACGGGAUACGAAAUGCAUUGCUGAAAAACUAAAUAUCCAGACUGCUUGAAACUGUAUUCAACCCCAGUAAGACCACCACACAACAGAUGAUAACGACGCCCUCAGAGAUGAUGACAAGCAUCUUUGAUUAACAGUGACUUAGACAUCAAUAUCCUUCUAGUGAUAAAACUUUAUCUUUUAGCGUUUGGCUGUUUUUAAAGAUAUGUAGAAGAGUUUGAUAUUUUUGGGAAAGGAACCUGUAAAUUUUUUUUCAGUGAAUUAAAACAUGUUCAUGGACAAUUUACUUCUACGGGCCUUAGCGUAAUCAUAAGCAAAGCACAGCAUUAGUUACUUGAUAUUCCGAGUUAAGUCUUACAAUUGCUGGCUGUAUGUACUAUACUGUAGGACACACUGUAAGUAUUUACUCCAUGUACCUGCAAUCCUCUUCGUAAAAGCAAUUGCUAUUCAGUUUUACUCACUUUAAUUGUUGUUUAUUGCAUGUUACAGCAUUGUGCAGUCAGUGAAACAUAUGUUUGUGUAUAUAUGGAGACAUGUACACGCAGAUAUAUGAGGAUAUUUGUGGCACACUGAUUAAUAAACAAUAUUAAAAUUG